UCACCACUAGGCAUACUCUCGAUGCUCACGAAUAAAGACACAUACCUAGUGCAAAACAUAGCAAAAACAAUUGCGCGAUAGAAAUAAUUUUAGAAAAUUACUUUAAAUAGACCGUUUAAAGAAUAGAACGGUUUAAUUGUGUUGGCGUCGACGUUGCCCAAAGUUUAAGGAGUGCACAAAACGUGUUUGUUGAUAAGAAGCGCCCAGCACUAGUACAGAGACAGCAAUGAUGAGCCUGCUAGGGCGAUCCGAAGUGGAUACAGGCGAGGUGUUUGUCAACUUUAAUCAGAACAUAACCUCUUUGGCCGUUGCCACCAAUGGCAAUUAUAGUCUGUACAGUCUCGGCUCGGUGGAUUCCACGCUGGACAAGAUCUAUCACACCAAAAGCGAUGAUCUCUUCCUGAUCGAGCGUCUAUUCGAGAGCUCCUUGGUUGCCAUUGUGUCGCAGCGCGCGCCACGCAAACUGAAAGUGUGUCACUUCAAGAAGCAAAGCGAAAUUUGCAACUAUUCGUACUCAAACACAAUUUUGGCGGUGAAAUUGAACCGUGAACGUUUGAUUGUCUGCCUGGAGGAAUCCCUGUACAUCCACAAUAUCCAGGACAUGAAGGUGGUGCACACCAUUCGAGACACGCCUAGCAAUCAACAGGGAUUGUGUGCACUCUCAUCCUCGUCGGAGCACUGCUAUUUGGCAUAUCCGGGAAGCGUCAUCACCGGCGAGGUGCAGAUCUUUGAUGCCAUCAAUUUGCAUGCCAAGACCAUGAUAAACGCCCAUGACACACCGCUGGCGGCCAUUGCCUUUAGUCCGUCGGGCACGGAGAUCGCCACGGCCAGCGAGCGUGGCACUGUUAUCAGGGUAUUCAGCUCGCAGGAUGGUAGUCGGCUGUUCGAGUUGCGACGCGGCCUUAAGCGCUGUGUGUCGAUUGUGUCGCUGUCGUUUAGCACUUGUGCCGACUACUUGGUGUCCAGCUCGAACACAGAGACGGUGCACAUCUUUCGCUUGGAUCGCAGUGCUGCGGAGAAUAAUGACCAUGGGAAGCAGUCAAGCGACGAUUGGAUGGGUUACUCGUUUUUUAGAUACUUGAGCAAAACUGUGACCAGCUACUUGCCUACGCAGGUGACCGAUGUUCUCAGCCAGGGUCGUGCUUUUGCCUCGGUCACGCUGCCCGAGGCGGGUGUGCGACGCAUGUGCGCCAUUGCCACAAUUCAGAAGCAGCUCAGGCUAUUGAUUGCUUCGCAAGAUGGCUAUUUGUAUGUGUAUUCCAUACCCUCGAUUGAGGGUGCCGAGUGUCAGCUGAUUAAGCGACAUGAUCUGCGCUUGGACGACAACUAUGCCAUGGAUGUGAAAGUUAAUUCACCUCAUCAUACUGCAGGUCUUAACAGCAAUGUGAGCAUUGGUGGUGCUGCGGGUGUGCCAAGUGCUGCUGCUGCUGCUGCUGCUGGAGGCUCUGGUGAUGGUGGUAAGGGCGCUGAGAAGCCUGGUAGCUCGUCAAAUGCUGCUGGUGCCAGCUACGCUUCGGCAGUUAAGGGUGAUGAGCCAGCUGGUUCCUCCUCCUCCAACAACUAGGUGCAAUUACUACUAUCUCACGCAUGCAACUUGAACAUCAACCACACGGAAAAGAAACAUAUACAAAUAAUACAACUCACUCCUCAAAGUACUAUGGACGACGAUGCUAAAGUGAUUGAAUUUGGGUCAUGCAGCUGGCAGCUGGUAGCUCUGUGGCGUCAAAACAAAAAUAAGUAAAUAAUUCAUAUACAUAGGUCUUAGACUUAGCUUUUAACUUUAUCAAUGACGAUUCUUCCUCGGUUUAUAAGCAUAAAGUUUAAACAAAAAUCACACAAAAUGCAAAAAAAAAAAAAAAAUGAAACAUGCAAAAUCACACAA